AAAAUUAUUUUUUUUAUUUAUAUUUUAGACAUGCCGUGUAAAGUUAUCUUAUCAAAAGAAAUUUCUUCAACUUUUAGGUGGAUAAUCAAGACUCGAUCAUAUUGCCACCAUCAUCAAAACUUAAAUUAUAACCUACGUCAAAACUACAAUAAAAGUUCACUACAAUAUUUGGUGUUAAAACCUUAUAGAGAAGAAUUAAAGGCCACAAUAAAAUCUCGUGGAAUUAAACCAAAACUUGUCGGAUUUCUUGCCAAUGAGGAUCCUGCUGCUGUAAAGUAUGCUGAAUCUACAUCGAAAACUUGUGAAGAAACCGGUGUAACUUUUGAACUAAGAAAAUGUGAUAAAGAACAAUUAGAAGAUCAAAUUGUUGAAGCUAACGAGGAUGACAGCAUACACGGUAUAAUGAUUUAUUAUCCUGUAUUUGGAGAUCGUCAGGAUCAAUAUCUUCAAAAUGUUGUUAGUGCUUCAAAAGAUGUGGAAGGAUUAUGUCAUAAGUACAUAUAUAAUAUGUAUCAUAAUAAACGAUAUCUUGACGAAAAACAAACUAAGAAAUGCAUUAUCCCUUGCACACCAUUGGCAAUAGUUAAGGUAUUAGAAUAUGUUGGAGUGUAUAAUUCAGUUCUGCCAUACGGAGAUCGAUUACACGGACGUGUAAUUACUAUAAUUAAUCGUAGUGAAAUUGUUGGACGUCCCCUCGCUGCUUUAUUGGCUAAUGAUGGAGGAAAAGUAUAUUCUGUAGAUAUAAAUAAUAUUCAAGAAUUCCAUCGUGGAACUGGUUUGAAAUUAAAAAAACAUGAGGUUCGGGAUACAAAUUUAAAGAUUGAAGAAAUUUUACCGUUUUCAGAUGUAGUAGUAACUGGAGUUCCAACACCUUCUUAUAAAGUUCCUACUGAUUUAUUACGUGAUGGAGUUGUAGCAAUAAAUUUUUCUGCAUUUAAAAAUUUUAAUGAUAAUAUUAAAGAAAAAGCUAGUAUUUAUGUUCCGGCUGUUGGUAAAGUUACUAUCGCAAUGUUGGAAAGAAAUUUAUUGAGAUUAUAUGAUUAUCAUAAUUAUCAAUCAUAAUUUUUUUCUAA